AAGGCUCUCUUGGGACAGUUUGGGUUUCCUCUAACUGGAACGGAGACGAGGUGUUACACUAACCAUGCCUUGUCUUACGACCAGUCGAAGCGGGUGCCUAGAUGGGUUCUUGAGCAUAUAUCCAAAAGCAAGAUCAUGGGUAGGUGGUUAGAAGUGAAGGCAUCGCUGGAAGGUGUUUCCAGAUGUAGAACACGGGGCAUUAGCGAUCAGCUCAACCUUUUUCACGUGACAGCACGGUUAGAAGAUGGUGUGUGUGUAGCUCACUGGAUAAACGGACCCUGUCUGGCAGUCAGGGAGCCCCCGACCCUUCCCAGCUGCCUCAGGGGCUGAGAGGAUCCAUAUGUUGACACAUAAAUAUGUCAUCAGUAUUGCUGCAAUAAGCAACAUUCAUUCGUUAUCUCCACAGCUACUUUUAGUGUGUCUGACACGGCUAAAUCUUGGGGAUAGAGGAGUGACCAUGGCACUUUGAGGUGGAGUGGGUGUGGGUUGACUUACCAAACAAUCAUGAAUGUGUAAUUACAGUUGGUGAUAACUUUUCUGAGGGAAACGUGAUUGUAGUUUGGGUUUGUAUAAUCAAAGAACAGUGGAGAGUAUAAGGGAUCAUAACAGGGGAACCUGAUUUUGAUUAGCGAGGCUUCUCUAACCAAGUGGCCUAAAGGGGGGAUGGCAGAGGAGUCGGGGGGCCAUGCGAUAUGGAGAAGAGCAUUCCAGGCAGAAAGAAAAGCACAGUUGCAUCUUUCAAGGCCCCAAUAUGAAGAGUUGUGUUCGUUUGGGAACUAAAAGAAGGCCAGAGUGGCUGCAGCAAGGGAGGCCAUGAUGUGCAAUGAGACUGGAGAGGUGCUGCAGACAGAAGAAACUGUAAAUUCAAGCCCGAUCCCAACAUCCCGCCAGCCUUCAGUGCCCUGAACAAGGACUACGUGGGAAGUGGCUGGUCACGAGGACACAUGGCUCCAGCGGGAAAUAACAAGUUUUCAUCUAAAGCCAUGGCUGAAACCUUCUACCUUUCUAAUAUUGUGCCUCAGAAUUUUGAUAAUAAUGCUGGAUAUUGGAACAGAAUAGAAAUGUACUGUCGAGAACUGACAGAGAGAUUUGACGAUGUUUGGAUUGUAUCUGGACCGUUGACCUUACCUCAGACUGGAAGUGAUGGAAAGAAAAUAGUUAGUUACCAGAGCAGGUACCCCAGUGGGAGAGGCCUGUCUCCCAGGGUUUGCACAGCUGCAGCACAUACAGAGACUUUACAGAUGGCACACGGGCUGGCCACGUUCCUGCUGACUUUCCACACUUGUGUGAUCGGUGAGGACAACGUGGCGGUCCCCUCACACCUUUAUAAGGUGAUCCUGGCUCGCAGAAGCCCAGAGUCGACGGAACCGCUGGCACUAGGGGCCUUCGUGGUGCCCAAUGAAGCCAUUGGCUUCCAACCUCAACUCAGUGAAUUCCAAGUGAGCCUUCAGGACCUGGAGAGAUUGUCGGGACUGGUGUUUUUCCCUCAUUUGGAUAGAACUAAUGGGAUCAGGAAUAUCUGUUCUGUGGACACCUGUAAGCUCCUGGAUUUCCAGGAGUUCACUCUGUACCUGAGCACACGAAAGAUUGAGGGAGCCCGAUCGGUCCCCAGACUGGAAACGAUCAUGGAGAACCUGAAGAACGCAGGGAUUGAGCCCGAUGAUUAUUUCAUGACUUGCUAUGAGAGGAAACUGGAAGAACUCAAAGCUAAGGAGCAGGCAGGACUCCCGGAGAGAAAGCCGUCCUAGUGUUCACCUCGGAAGUGGGGUGUCACUGCAGUGAGACACAUGCCCUCUUCAGGCUCAUGUAUUUAAGAGGCUUGCUUCUUUGAAAAAAUGAUGGAAUCCUAAAUGUAGGACUAAACUCCCUAAAAGACGAAAGAGCUAAACCUUUUUGGUUAGUAUUUUAUUUGAUGUGGAACUAACUUAAAGGAACUGCAACACCUGUUGAUCCGGGGCUGACCUUGCGCCGGGUCAGCCGGAGGACUGUGUGUGAGAUGGCGAGAUCGUGCCCGGCGUGUACUGUGUGGGAGGCAUCUUACCUUCUCGUCUCCGAGUCCACAGUCUCUCAUGCAUCAGCUCGGCGCUCUUGGAACCCAGCGUUGUGCUGUGUUUUCCUUCGUAGGACCCGAGUGGGUCUUAGAGAAGCUGUUGGAGCGCCUCUGUGUUACCCUGUCGACAGGAUGGUGCUGGGCAGGGCAGAAGCAGCUCUACGGUUGUUCAUACAAUAAUGUAAUAAUACAGAUAAACUCUCGCAUUCUCACAACUGUAGGCCUGCUUUAGGCCACCCGUGUAUUUGUUUCUGGUUGCUCUUCUCAUGGGCCUGCGAUUUCUGCCGUAGGCCCUCUGAGGCAAAUACCACUCGCCUCGUUUGACUCGUGAGGAAAUAUGUGGGUAAAUCCAGGGUUUACCUUUCUGAGGAAGUGACCCCCCAGGAAUGAGGCACAAGGACUAAGAAGGAACCACGAGGUCCGUUCAAAGCUUCCCCUGCACACAGGCUUUGGACUCAAAUACGGGAUUUGCUGGGUAAGAGGCGUCUGGCUUCUUGUCUGUCCUCAAGCCAAAGGGGCUUUACUGUCCUCUGGCUCCCGCCCUCUUUAGCUCUUUGGGAAGAGAGUCACCGUAUCGGAAGGCUGGAGGACAUCUUUGUGGGUUUAGCAGAGUCCCUACUGGCCUGCGGAAAUGCAGCUCCUUUCAGGCACUCUAUGGUGCCCAGUCGGUGCGCUCCUUGCUUUCCAGGUGAGCCUUCUGUUCCACAGAUUAAGGGACCCAGGAGGGCUCUGUGCACCGACUCACCUGCUCACGCUUUGCUGCCUUUGUGCCGGUGUCUGCCUGGGUAGCGCAGGGCAGGUGGUGUUGGAGCGAGUGGCCCACAGGCAGUUAUCGCUGGCGGAAGGUGUUUGCUGAGCCAGAUCCCUAGACUGGGGUUUGCGAGGCAUCUGUCAUGGGCGUCCUAAGGAUAGGCAAUGAGAUGUCAAAUCAGGACCCAGGAACUUGUCUGAACGCGCUACAUCACUGCUGUCGUUCCAAGUGGUGUCACCAGAACAGAAAUGUCUCACAAAAACGCCAAGGCUUUAAGGUAAAGGCAAGAUGACAGGGAUGAACCGUGUUCUGCUUUUUUUUGUGGCUAAAGAAGAAGUGGGGGGCCGACAGAACAGGGUAGUCUGAUUAAUACCGUCCUCUCAGCACACUGUUCCCCAUUAGCUGUGCCAGCCUCUCCCCAGGGAUAGAGAGCCAGCAUGUCACUGUGACCAAAACAGCUGUUACUUUCCUUGCUGGCGAGGUGACAGUGGGUCCCAGUGUUUCUCCAGGAGCCUGAGCGGGGCUCUGGGGAAGAGGUCCUGGUGCCUGCCGCCCGCCCUGCCACCGUGCUGUUCGGACCUGAAUAUCCACAGCCUCCGUUUCUGUCCUUGCUGUGCAGGAACUCAUGACUUUUAAGUCAAUACAGUAUCUUCAGUGUUUACUCACUUUGUAAAAUACUACCUGAUCAUUGUGAAAAGCAGAGAUAACUGGUUUAGAAAGUGCGCGGCCCUAUCAUUUUACAUGUAGAAGUUUUGUUGGUAUACAGUGGUGAUGUUUGAAUUGCCUCAGUGUUUCAAUUAAGAGUCCCAGCAAAACAAACUUUAAAAUGGAAAUACUGGGCAGAGCUUAGAAUUGCUCUGGAUUAGCCCACUUCAGCCUCCUCCAGUGUGACUGGGAUUAUCUGAACCCAGAUGCGCAGACCCCCUGGGCCUCUCCAUGGCAUUGACCUCAGAUGCACAGACCCCCUGGUCCCUCCAUGGCACAGUGGCCUCGGACGCACAAACCCCCUGGUCCCCUCCAUGGCACAGUGGCCUCGGACGCACAGACCCCCUGGGCCUCUCCCCUGCAUGACGUGUGUCCAUCUGAUCAAAGGAGCGCCUCACAUGGAACCCGAGCGUAUCACCAUCCAGUCUUCCCUUCCUGAGCUCUGCCAUAUUCUCAGGCUGAGCCUGGGACCCUGCCUUCUGCUCCAUUUACGCCCAGGGAUUCUUUUCUCAGGGGAGGCUGCAGGGGGGAAGGGCCAGUCCCGUCGGGUGGGCUCUGCUGCUGGCAGCGUCUGGGUGAGGGGCUCACUCCCUAAUCAAUGUCUAUCCCUCGCGACAUUUUUAUUUCGGUCUCUGGAUUGAGACUGUGACACCAAUAUGUACAUGUAACGCGAUUACAGGGAUGUGAGGGAAAUGAGCUUCUCCCGUGUAACUUGCUAGAAUUCAUUUCAGUGGAGCUGGUCGGGGAAGGCCUCAUGACAAGCACGGACCUCCUGCUCCCGCUGCCUCCAUGCCCAGCCUCGGUCUGGCCUGCUUUUCUGGAUGUCCUCAUGGAGACCGUCGAGGAGUCCAGCACUGACUGCUCCAGGCCAGCCCCACCUCCAGGGACCCACCCCGGGGUUAGAGAGGGCCGCAGGACGAACCGCGCUGUGACAUGGCUGUGUGUGACUGGGCAGGGAGAUGUGCUGGAUGAGUUCCUGAGUUUGCCAACAUGGCCCAGGGGCUGGUCGGCCCCUGAGUGCACCGCACCUUAUGGGGCGCUGUGGCCUCUAUCGCACCCAGAGACUCCAGACCAGAGCCUCAGCUGCGAACACCGCCCCAACACAGCCUCAGGCUCUGCAAGCCACAAGCCAGCCUCACGGCGCUGCAGGCUCCCGGGCCACACGGGACCGCAAGGCUGUCUUAUCUGUGGGCCUCACAGGCUCAUAUCAGAGCCCAGGUAGCUUACCUCCCUCCACCCCAUUUUUAAAAAAAUUUCAAGCAUACAAAAAGUUGAAAGAAGCGUACAAUGAAUGCUCUCGGCCUCAAUAUUUUCUCCUUUGCUUUUUAAAAAUUCAUUCAUUGUUUUAAGAAAAAAGUUGUAGACAUGGCACUUCUCUCUCUAAUACUUUGACCUGUAUCACCUCGGAAUAAAGCCAUUCCCUAUAUUUCCAAAAUACUAUUAUCACAUGUAAGAACAUUACCAAGAAUUCAGUAUUAUCUAAUAAACAACCUCUCUUAGAA